AUGGAAUGUGGGAAUGGAGUGGUUGAGGCGCCAGUGCUGGAUGUGAAGGGCAGCAGAGUAACAAGGUGGGAAACAAACAACUCCGUGGUUGGCUGUUGGGCUGGUCCAUUAGUUCCCAUUCGACACCAUUGGCUUUUUUACCAUGGAGGUGUAAGAGAGAACGCACAGUCUGGCGGUUUGCAUGUGCAAAUUGGGCGACUGGAUCAUCUCCCAGCUACCACAAUGGCUGCUAUGAUGGCGGCCCCAAUCCAGCAGAUCAGAAGGGAAAAGGCUGCAGCACUGCGGCAUUAUCAGUGUGCUAAGGUUGCAUUGUUGGCUGCAGGGAUUGGAAGGUGGUAUACUCCUGGUACAACCUUUGUCAAAUCGGACUCGCCGGCGGUGUCGGUGUGGUCCACGGACAGCGACACAACGACAGCCACAUUGUUUGCAGGUGGCAGCAGUGCUGCUACUGAUUCAACAGGGGAAAAGCAAGAGGUGGAGAUCAAAGGCAAGGCUGCUGAGCAUUGCUGUAACAGAGCAGGAGGUGAAAAGAUGGAAAGCAGGAAAGUGUACCCGGAGAGUACGGAGUACUCCGUACGGAGUACAUCGAGCAGUUUAACUAUCUCGGCGCCAGGACAGACCACGGGUCCCAACGACUUGAUUGGUGCGGUACUUGGGUGCGGAAAGGACCGCAAGCCAAGACCAGAGGGAGAGCCGAGUACAAUGCAGCGGAGUAUUUCUCACAACACUCCUCGAAGUCACUCAAGCCCCGGUAAGCAGGCGGUAUUGGGGUGGUGUGCCUGGCAGGGAUACGGUACCGGUACACGCCCACCCCUGAAACACGGCGAGCUGGGAGUGGGGCAGCUCCUGACAAAAAUUAAUUACAACGAUAUCAGAGAGGGAGAGAAGAGGAACACACAAUAA